UUGUUUUUAUAUUCUAUUUUCCUUUCAGACAACUACAGAAAGUGCAAUGGAUGUGAUGGAUCGUAUGGUACUGCAGAAGAAUUGGACUUAUCUCCUAGAUUCCCUGAAUAGUGAAGAUGUCAUCCCAUAUCUUAUUCAGGAUCUCAUUCUAGAUUUUGAGAUGGUUGAAGAGAUUGAAGCUGCAGAAACUAAAAAGAAAAGGACGAGACGUUUGAUGACCAAACUGAUGCAGAGAGGACCAACAGCCUACCAAGCCUUCAGGAAGUCACUUCUAGAAAAGGAAGUCUAUGAACAUCUGGUACAAAGACUAGAUUCUACUGAGAUUGAUCCAGCCACACUCCCCGUACCUGCACCAAAUAGCCCUCAAUCAGGUAACAUUCAAAUUAAGCAACCAGAUCUAGGAAUCACUCAAAUGGAUGAAGACACGCCAAGCCAGCCUUCAACACUCAGCUCUCAGACAUUCCAACCAAAAUCACAAUCAGUACAACAGACACCACCACAGCUACCACAACCAUCACCAUCAUCAUUACCACCAGCCACAGGUAGCAACAACUUCAGGAUAUCAGGCAACAACAAUUUUGUCAUCAUGGGUAGCAAUAAUACACAGGUGUAUUACCAUUGA